AUCCAGUAAAAUUCCCUGUACCAUUCCAGAUUUUCAAACCUAGCCGGGUGUUUUGGUGAUAACUGGUGCCCUGGGUUCGAAGCUUCGCAUGCGCAUUUCGAACACUACUGCACGUGGAAACAUGGCGGACGCUGACGUUACGCCUCGUAAGAAGCACAAGAAAGACAAGAACAAAUCGGGCGACGACGAUUCAGGUUCGGCAAAGAAAGCAAAGAAGUUGAAAAGCGAGGCGGCUGAUCUUAACUCUUCGAAUCAUCUUGGGGACACCCAGCAUGAUGAAGAUUUCCACUUGAAGCCAACAUCUACAGCUGGGGUAUUAGACACAUCAAAAUGGCCUCUACUUUUAAAGAACUAUGACAAGUUGAACGUAAGAACGGGCCACUUUACUCCAUUACCAAAUGGUUGUUCUCCUUUGAAAAGAGAGCUCAAGGACUACAUUUCGAGUGGAUUCAUAAAUCUUGACAAGCCAGCAAAUCCUUCAUCUCAUGAGGUGGUGGCAUGGAUCAGAAGAAUUCUUCGUGUUGAGAAGACUGGCCACAGUGGCACUCUUGAUCCAAAGGUCACAGGUUGCCUCAUUGUUUGCAUUGAAAGAGCAACAAGACUUGUGAAAUCACAACAGGGUGCAGGAAAAGAGUAUGUCUGUAUUGUUAGACUUCAUGAAGCUAUUGAAAAGGAAGCAGAAUUAGCCAAGACAAUAGAGAUGCUUACUGGAGCGUUGUUUCAGAGACCCCCACUGAUAUCUGCAGUGAAACGACAACUUAGAAUAAGAACAAUAUAUGAAAGCAAGUUAAUCGAGUAUGAUGCUGAGCGACAUCUUGGUGUGUUUUGGGUGAGUUGUGAGGCGGGAACAUACAUAAGAACCCUUUGUGUCCAUAUUGGAUUGUUAAUGGGUAUCGGAGCUCACAUGCAGGAACUCAGGAGAGUGCGCUCAGGAAUUCAGUCAGAGAAUGAUAAUAUGGCAACUAUGCAUGAUGUUCUGGAUGCGCAAUGGAUGUAUGACAACUACAAAGAUGAAUCUUACUUAAGACGCUGCAUUAAACCACUAGAAGCAUUGUUAACGUCUCACAAGCGUUUGGUUGUAAAAGAUAGUGCUGUCAAUGCCAUAUGUUAUGGAGCUAAAUUGAUGAUCCCUGGUCUGCUUCGAUAUGAGUCUGGAAUAGAAAUGAAUGAAGAAAUAGUUAUUAUGACAACAAAAGGAGAAGCUAUUGCUCUUGGUAUUGCUCUCAUGACAACUGCUGUGAUGGCAGCCUGUGAUCAUGGUGUAGCCGCUAAGAUUAAAAGAGUUAUCAUGGAAAGAGACACCUACCCAAGGAAAUGGGGUCUGGGACCAAAGGCUCUUCAAAAGAAACAGUUGAUUGCAAGUGGCAAAUUGGACAAACAUGGCAAACCAAAUGAAAGCACACCCAAGGAGUGGCUUGAAGGGCAUCCUGACCUCAGUCAACAGAAAAUCCCACUUUCAGUGAAAGACGAACCUGCUGUACCUGUGACACCCAAAGCUGAGCCUAUCCCUGGUGCUCCUGUGACACCCAAAGAAGCCGAGGAUGGAAAGAAGAGGAAACGAAGUGCUGAGGGCAGUGACGAGGAGAAGGAAACACCAGGGAAACAUGAGAAAAAGAAAUCCAAAAAAGACAAAAAGAAAUCCAAAGAAAAAGAAAAAGAGGAAGGCAAAGAAAAAGAUAGCAGUGAUGAAGUAAGUAAACAUUAUGUUGGACAUUUACAAGAUGACAUUUAUCGCAGAGGUAUCAUUGGCGUUUUCAGCAGGGGGGCAACUGGUUUUCACGGGCGGACAAAUCUUUUUGAACUGAAAAACUUUUCUCUAGAUUGUCAAUCAAACCUGGCGGGCAAAAUCAUCCUCACAGCCGGUUAAUUUUCGUCAUUCUGCCUGAAAUAUCUUGUUAUGCCAAGACAUAUAGGAUGUCUGUGGGACCAUUCAAGAACAGGCAAGAUCAGUCGUUAGCCAUUUGGGCUUAGUUGAGUUACAUCUGGGAUAAGUUUGGGGAACAGGUAGCCUCUGUGUCUGGAUACAGAGGAUAGUCUUGAUAAGUCACGAUAUCACUGCAGGAGUUCGUGGAAAAGCAACUUUAAGUGAGGUUCCCUCGUUGAGAACUGAGUGAGCCCACGGUUGCUAGGCAACUUAAACUGUACUUAUAAUGGCCAGCUCACGUGACUACCAUAUUCUCUGAAUCAAAAAUGAUCGGAAAUCCUUGGACGGCAUCGGCCAUUAUGAAACCUGAGAAUCUCUCUCCCGAUGAGAGUUAAUAGUUAACGACGUCACUCGAAACUUGUGACGUAAUCGGAGCGUCAAUUACAUGUACAAAGCGGCAGACGAGAUAAUAUUCAGAGAUGUAAACCGUCUUCGCUUCAUUCAAAUCCCCUCUAAACGACUCAAAAAGACACAUGAACACAGGUAAACAAUAGUACAUUUAUUUUUGUUGCUGAUAAAGCGUUCGGGUCCCCUGUGGUCUAAUUACCUUAUUGACUGAUUUGUUACAGGCUAAUCAGUAAGGGCGGAUAGGUACAUAACAAAAAACAAAGUCUACAGGCUCACCUGUCCCGCCCCGAUCGCAUCGCCCCCCGAAUUCUUCCGUUUCGCGCUUGCCAAUCUUUUUUCCGUCCUCACCGGGAGCCUGUUCCCAGGCUAUGCCAAAAACGGCUCCUGGCCCGGGUUGCUCGAAAGGUGGAUAACACUAUCCGCUGGAUAAAUCACUAUCCAGG